GCUAACAGCUGUCAAUGGGCUUUUGCAGGUUUGGGUUGAGAUGCGCUUCAGUUUAUAAUGCACACAUUCAACAUGUUACAGACUUUGUUCGCUCGAUUAAUCACUGUCAUCUCACUCUAGUUUCUCCCAUUAUGACUGUACUUUGUGUUAUAAUUGUGGCCUUAAAGACGUGUUAAUUACUGAAUAACCUUCUGCUAUGUGACAUUUGCUGCACGAUCUGUUCUAGUAACUGUAUGCUCUCUAGAUCUAAUUGUUUUUGGCGCCCCUAGCAGUUAACUAACUAGAAUAACUCAACAGCAGCAGAGGUUUGAGGAGGGGCUUCAUUUUGCAUUUAUGUAUACAGUGCUGUUUUAAACUUAAGCACUUUAUUUGACUCUGCCGGUCACACAUCUCAGCACUCGAACAUCUGCAAGCAGCUGUGCACAGUGUUCAAACAGAGUGCUGUACCUCCUGUGGUCUAAUGCCUGCUGUGAGGCGAAAAGGGUAAAGGAAUGGACUUGAAAAGAGUUCACACAGUGUUCCCCGAUCAGAAUUAUAAUUUUCAUGCAGUACUUUAAGGUAUUUGCAAUCCCCUGGGAUCGAACCCACAACCUUGCUCUUACCACUGAGCUACAGGAAAGCUCAGUGUCUCAGAUUAAAGCACAACAUUCGUAGACAUGGUUAACUAGGGACAUAGGCCUAGGCAAAAACCAGCCAACAUCAAGCGAUUUCUCUUCUGAGUUGCAAUCCCUACUGAUCCAGAAUAUUACAGUGACGACCGGACCAUAUUCAUUACCAAGAGGUCAAUAUGAAGUUUGAAACUAUUCUGGAAGAGGCAAAUGGAUUUGGGCGAUACCAGAUCGCACUGGUCAUGCUACUGGCCAUACCACGUCUAACACUCCCAUGUCAUUUCCUUUUGAACAACUUUAUCACUGCCAUCCCGUCUCACCACUGUGACAUCAGCCAUCUGGAUGCUGAUUGGAUCUUGGGCAAUUUGAGUCAGGAAGAAAAACUGACUGUCAGUAUUCCUGCACAUGAAGAUGGAACUCCUGUUUCCUGUCAAAUGUUCUCUCAUCCUCAGUUCCACCUGCUGUCAAACUCAUCCAGUCUUCCAGAGUUUCCUCUAGUUCAGUGUCAGAAUGGAUGGGAGUAUGAUAACAGUACAUUUAGCAGGACUCUGGCAAAACAGUUUGAUUUAGUUUGUGACAAGAAGGGGCUGAACCAGGCAUCAGGAACCAUAUUUUUUGUGGGUGUCAUGAUCGGAGCUGCGUUUUUUGGUGUGAUCAGUGACAAGUAUGGUCGUAGGAAUAUGUUGCUGUUGUCCUACAUCUUAGCUAUAGUGUUCAGUGCUGCUAGCGCCUUCUCCAGUACCUUUAUCAUGUUUGCUACCUUACGCUUUCUAACCGGAUUUUCUCUGACGGGUAUCUCCAACAUAUCAGUUGUGCUCAGCGUUGAGUGGGUGGACACUAAGCACCGUACAUUUGUUGGAGUGUUUGGCAGUCUUUCCUGGGUAGUAGGCAAUAUGCUGCUGGCCUGCAUUGCCUUUCUGGUCACUGAUUGGAGGAUGCUGAUCAUUAUUGUCUCUUCUCCUCUUCUACUCGCUGCAGCCACCUGGUGGUGGAUCCCUGAAUCAGCCCGAUGGCUCAUAGCCAAUAAUAAGCCAGACAAAGCAUACAAGUAUCUGGAAAAAUGUGCUGUGUAUAAUAAGAAACAAGACUUCAUGUCGAAAAUCAAGCCAGAGACUCUAAUAAAUUUGAUGAAUGUAGAUAACCCGGACCACAGUUAUACCUAUUUAGACCUAUUUAAAACCCCACGUCUGAGGAGACUUGCACUGUUUACAGCCAUAGUGUGGUACGGUGUUUCGUCUACAUACUAUGGCAUCAGUUUGAACAUCACUGGCUUUGGGCUCAACCCUUUUCUGACGCAUUUCAUUUACGCUGCCAUAGAGCUGCCUGCAAAAAUCCUUAUUUACUUCUGUCUCAACAAGGUUGGCCGUAGGGUCUGUCAGUCCGGGACACUGAUAUUAACAGGAUUCUGUAUACUCAUCAAUAUCCUCACACCUACAGAGUACUGGACGUUCAGGACUGUAAUCGCGGUGCUGGGUAAAGGGCUUUCAGAGGCUUCAUUUACGACCGUGUUCCUGUACACCACAGAGAUCUUUCCCACGGUCCUAAGGCAGAAUGGACUUGGCUACACCAGUUUCAUGGCUCGGCUGGCAGCCUCCAUUGCUCCUCUUAUCAUGCUCUUAGAAGAUGUCCCAGAGAUGAUUUUCUGCUCGUUGGCCAUCCUUUCUGGUGCCGUCGCUUGGCUUCUUCCUGAAACCAGUAACAAAAGAUUGCCAGAAACCAUAGAAGAUAUUGAAUGGAAAUAGCUCUACCUUUUUGAAAAGACUGGGUUUCAAAAGACUGAAAUGUGGAAAUUUGCCCAAGAGGAGUAAAACUGAUAACUGUGAAAUACAGUCUCAAAUAUCUUUUAUUUUUUAAGAAAAAAGUCAAGUUUAUUUGUUUUGUUUUGCCUUAUUUAUUUUUCCUUAACAAAUCUCAGAGAUGCUCAUCACAAAAGGCUGUAUACCUUCACAUGAUGGUUUAGAUAUCAGCUUCUCUAUAUAUUUAGAUAAGAAUUGUAGAUUUAUAUUGAGUUCGUUUUCCUUUUUUUUCCUCUACUUUAUGACACAGCACCAUGGACAGCACCCACAUUAGCAACGGUAUAUUUAAAGGGAUACUUCACCCAUAAAUGAAAAUUCUGUCAUAAUUCACUCACCUUAGAGUUGUUCCAAAUCUGUAUACAUUUCUUUGUUCUGAUAAACCUCUGAGAAAGAUUUUUGGAAGAAUGUGUAUAACUAGACAGAGUUUCCCCCCCAUUGACUAACAUAGUAGGAAAAAAACAAUGGUCAUAAAAAGUGACCCAGAACUGUUUGCUGUCCUACAUUCUACAAAAUGUCUUUUGUGUUACACAGAACAAAAAAAGACAAAGUAGUUUUCCUGCUAUAGGAGUCAAAGGGGGGCAAGAUCUGCUUGAUUAUAAGCAUUCUUUCAAAUAUUUUGCUCUAAGUUCAUCAGAACAAAGACAUUUAUACAGAUUUGGAACAACUCGAAGGUGAGUAAAUGAUAAAAGAAUUGUCAUUGUUGGGUGAAGUAUCCCUUUAAGCUGUAUGAUAGCACCACGGAAAGCUCCACAUUGACUUCUUGCAAAUAGGACAUCUCGCCCAAGACUUCCUUAUUUGGAAACCCUAUGUAAUCACCAAAGAGCAAUCAAUCAAUACUAGUAUAUUCUCUUUACAUGAGUUGUAUUAAUAGAUUAAUGUGGCCCUGAUCAUGUGACCACAAAUAAAGAUUAAAAUCUGUUUGCAUCACAC